GGCUGAGGGUCAUGAAUUAUGUGUGUGGCCUCAUAGUUAGGGUUGAGUCCCGGGGGUUUGUUAGAUCAGUUCAGAAGCUCCGCGUCUCAUGCCCUUCUCCGUCCACCCUAUAUGCUGCCCUCCGCCAUGGCUCACCCCUGCCGUGGCCUUUUCUCUGUAUCUUCCCUCUUCUAUAUCCGGCCACGCCCCUGCUCCUCCUCUCCCCUUAAAUCCCUUUUCUUCCACCCCUUCCGACCCCUGCGGUUGACUUGCAGUAGGAUCAGUUCAGAAACCAUUAGCUCACAAAGAACAGGAGGGUUACAUCUUGGAGAAGCAAAGCCGGUUCAUCUCGGAGCCUGCAGACUCAGAACACGUCCAAUGAUGACCUCUCGCAUCUGUGAUAUUAUAAUGUCGCAGAACGAUGCUGAAGUUAUGAAGAGUGGUUUUGCAAAUAGAGCAAAGGAAAAACUAUAGCAAAGGAAGG